AGAGACAACACAGGCAGGUGGAAAGCCACAGAGUGCAUCCACACAGCAGAAACUUGACUUAUUCUUUGGCUUUGAUCAAACCAAACAAGCAGAAUGGAAUACUACAAGUUCGCUCUGCUCGUUGUUCUGCUCUCCUACGUCGAGCGCUGCUGGUCCGCCUCCUGUGUGGUGGACUCUUUCACGGUCAAGGAGGACUUCGACCCCAAGAGGUAUGCUGGCAAGUGGUACGCCCAGCAGAAGAAGGACCCCGAGGGCCUGUUCCUGCAGGACAACAUCUCCGCCGAGUACACCAUUGAUGACGACGGCACCAUGACUGCUUCUUCCAAGGGCCGUGUCACCCUCUUCGGAUUCUGGGUUGUGUGCGCUGACAUGGCUGCCCAGUACACUGUGCCCGACCCCGGCAGCCCCGGCAAGAUGUUCAUGAACUACCAGGGCCUGGCCAGCUACCUGUCCAGCGGCGGUGACAACUACUGGAUCAUUGACACCGACUAUGACAACUACGCCAUCACCUAUGCCUGCCGCACCCUGAAGGACGACGGCACCUGCGAGGAUGGCUAUUCCCUGAUCUUCUCCCGCAACCCCCGCGGCCUGCCCCCCGCCAUCCAGCGUCUGGUCCGCCAGAAGCAGGAGGAGAUCUGCAUGGCCGGCCAGUUCCAGCCGGUCCUCCAGUCUGGAGCUUGCUAAGCGGUGGGCUCACCUUCAGAGGGAUUCCUUCGGCAUGCUGGCAUGGGAGGGGGCAUCCAGGGCAUGGGAGGGGGCAUCCAGGGCAACAGUGGUGCUUGAGAGAUGCGUAUAGCAAGCUGUACAUUGGGAAGAAGCCUUUUGUGAUUCACUCUCUCAAGGGAAACUGGUUGUGUUGUACCAAGUGACUGUGACAAAUAAAAUAUUUUUAAACAAACAAA